AUGAAAGAGUACCAAACGCCAUUAAAAGAACACUCGCGAUCAUCUUCAGAUCGCAAAUUCAAAGCCUCUCGAAUGAAGCAGCCACAAAAGAUCGCAAAGAAGAGCUUGGACGGCAUGUUUACUUCGGUGACUGAAGUUGUUUCGCCGGAAAUCAGCAAGGAAUCAAGUGAUUUCUCUCCGAUUUCAGAGAUAUCUGAUGUUAAGCAAAGUAGCCAAACAGAAGAAAUCUCCUUGUUAGAUUUGAAUGCAGCUCUCUCAGCUUGGACAGACACGUUCCCUCUCUCUGAUCCCAUUCCAAGUUCAGAAAUCAGCACCAUCACCGAUGAAUCAGACUGUAUUGAGAGUUAUGGCCUCAGCAAACCGUGCGGUUCAAAGAUUGGUCCAGUGGACACGUGGGAGGCAGAUGUCGUGGAGAAGCUUUUCAAAGAAGCGAAGAUUGAUCAGGUUUUGAAUUCUGAUAUUCGGUCAAAGAAGCUUCUGGAUGCAUUGACUAAGGCUGUUAUAGAUUAUUAUGACACGCUGCCUCAAGAGAAAGACUGGAUGGUUGAUCUUGUUUCUAUGAAAUGGCGCAUUGUGUGUUUGUGUUUCUUGAUUUGGAGCUUCGUGGUGUCCAUUAUAUUCUUGUUUGGUUCGGGAUUGGGUAGGGGUAGCUCUGCUGGUGGACCGUUGCCGACUUGA